CGAAAGUCAACAAAACUGACAAAACUGAAAGGCGAUAAACGGAUAAACUUGUGGUCCGGUCGCCACUCGUAAACAUACAUAAGAUCAAAUAAGAAAUUCAACUAAUAAAUGUUUCAAUAUUUAGACUAAUAUUGGAAAAAAAAACCCAAUUUCUUUAAGUACAGUUUACGCAACACGCGAGACCCACCAUGUUUCUCCGCCGCUCCGGUAGUCUCUCGCUAGUACUGCGACCGACGACGUUCGCGAUUUCCCCGUUCUCAACAGCUACCGCCGCAUCAGAAACCACUCACAAAGGGCGGGAAGAGUUUCGUACCGGCGAAAGUGAUCCGGCCAACCACGACCAGUCGCAUCUCGCUCGCUUCUAUACCGUGCCGGCUGACGUUCAAAAACAGAUCUACCUACACGGAGGCUACCCGAAGACCUUCGAGCGACAGAUUAAAACUUUCACCGAAAGCUGUCUGAUGGUGCGGCAGCCAGCGGUGGAAAUUAUCGACUAUCUGCGUCGGACCGAUUUUCAGCGACCUGCCAAUCGGUUCGUGCUGUACGGUAAAGAUGGUACCGGAAAGUCAUUGGUGUUGGCACACCUGCUACAUUACGGCUUCAAACAGGAAUUUGUGUUGGUUCAUGUCCCGUGGGUACCGAACUGGAUGAAGCGACCGAAAGAGACGGCUAACUCUAGCAGUCAUGAGGGUCAGCUGGAUUUGCCCCUGGACGGGGCGGCUUGGUUGAGUCAUUUUAAACACCAGAAUGCUAAACUGCUAACGAAGCUCGACUUGAAGGUAAGCCGGGAAUAUGUUUGGAGUAAACGCGAGACGACUCCGGCAGGCGCGUCGUUGCUGGAGCUUGUUGAACAUGGCAUCAAUCGGGUGAAAUUUUCUUGUAAUGCUAUAGCCGCUCUUCUGGGUGAAUUGCGGCAGCAAUCAACCGAGGGAAAGCUGAAAACGAUGGUUGUUAUCGAUGGAUUUAAUGCUUUCUUUCAUCCGCAUACGCGAAUUCUGGCGGAAAAUAAGGUUCGCGUGACACCGGACAAGUUGACGCUGACGAAACCUUUUUUGGAUAUCACUGCGCCCAGCUGGUCCAAUGGGGUGUGCAUCUUGGCCGUGGAUCGAAUGGCACUAACGGAGGAUCGGAUGGAGUCGGAAUUGCCGAUGUAUUUGCUACGACGCGAGGGUUUCGAACAUCUGGAUCCGUUCGUUCCUGUUCGGGUGGAUAACUAUAGCGAGGAGGAGUUUCACAGUUGUGUGCAGUACUAUCUGAACCGGAAGUGGGUGCAAAUCACUAAGCCAGGGUUCGAUAAAGAGCUGGAGUUUCUCAGCGGACGGAACCCGUUCAAGCUGAUGCAGUUGUGUGCCAGUUUGUAGAUAGGCAACCGUUCGUUGGGUGGUAAUAAAUAAGUUGCGCUUAGCUAAAAA